UUCUGACUCAGAGAAACACCGUCGACCAAAAGUUCGAGCUCGAGAUGCAAAGAUAACGAACACAAUUAAAUUCUGCGCCCAUUGGAUCCUUCGACUUUCACGACGACCCUAACCAUGACUCCCGAAGCGUCGAUCGCUUUGAUCAAGGCCAAUUUGGCCGAGGUGCUCAACCCCGAGAUCAUCGACGAUGUUAUCCUCAACCAGAAACGACCCCUCAAGGUAUACUGGGGAACAGCACCGACCGGAAAGCCUCACUGUGGCUACUUCGUGCCUAUGGUCAAGGUCGCCGAACUUCUCCACGCAGGGUGCCAUGUAAAGAUCCUAAUCGCCGACAUCCACGCCUACCUUGACAACAUGAAGGCGCCGCUGGAGCUCGUCGAGUACCGAGCCCAGUACUACGAAUUCCUCAUCAAGAGCUUGCUCACGGCCAUUGGCGUUGAUAUUGCGAAGCUCGAGUUCGUCCGCGGCAGCUCGUACCAGCUCGAAAAGGACUACACAAUGGAUCGCUACAAGCUGGAAGGUGUCACGAGGAUCUCGGUCGCUCAGAAGGCAGGCGCCGAAGUCGUAAAGCAGAUGGACGACCCUUGUCUAGGCGGUCUAAUCUACCCUCUGAUGCAGGCACUGGAUGAGCAAUAUCUAGAUGUCGACUGCCAGGCGGGCGGAGUCGAUCAGAGGAAAAUUUUCACGUUUGCCCUGGAGAACCUGCCCAGAAUCGGGUACAAGGUGCGGGCGCAUCUGAUGAACGCCAUGGUUCCGGGUCUGGGGGCGGCAGCGAAGAUGAGCUCGAGCGAACCGGAUUCGAAAAUUGACCUGCUAGAUACUCCCGAGGACGUGGGUAAGAAGCUCAAGAAGGCGCAUUGCGCGCCCAAGACACUCGAGGGCAACGGUGUCGUGGCGUUCGUCGAGCAUGUCAUUUUCCGCGUACAGGCAAUCAAGACCGGAGGCAAGCCCAGAUUUGUCGUUGAGAGGGAACGAGACGGCCUUGAAGCCUUGGUUUACGACGAUAUCGCUAAGCUGAAGGAUGAUUUCGAGAAGGACAUUUUGACACCUCAACUACUCAAGGCGGCGCUGACCAAGGCGCUCAAUGAUCUCCUGGCUCCGAUUCGGACAGAGUAUCUUGCUUCUGAGGCAUGGCAGAAGGUUUCAGAGGCAGCCUACCCACCAGAGAAGAAGGUAGUCAAAGAGAAGAAAGUAAAGAGCCUCGGCGAUCCUGCGAAGAAAGCAGAAGCGGAGAGGAAGAAGGCAGAAGCGAAGGCGGCGAAGGAAGCUGCGAAAGCACAGCAGGGCGGGGUAGAGGGUGUCAAAGAUGGUGUAGACAAGCUAAACGUGUGAAUCUCACUUGAAGAUCCCGAGAUAUACGCUCCGUGGUAUAGACCACGCAGGCUUAGCCGCCUCUGCUGAAUUUCGGUCGUCCGAUGCAGCGGAUUGUGUGAGGGAGUCCAAUAGAUGGCCAUAGAUGACAUGAUGAACAUUCAUAGACGCAUGAGAUUACAAAAUGAGGAAAUAUUCGGCAGUCUGAAAA